GGAAUAACCCCGCUUCGCAUAGAGAUCACGUCAGGAUCCUUCGAUGAGAGCCACGCCCCGUUCUUUUUCGCCAGGUAGAGCUGCAGCUUGUUUGCCGCGAAGUCAAACUUCUGGUCCUCAGCAAUCAUCUUCUUCAAGUCUCCCACCAACUGAACAGCGUCGAUAUCCACCUCGAACGCGCUUCCCGCCACCCCAACGAUCGCACAAAAGAGCUUCACCAUCUUCUCUCGAGCCGGCAGAUUCUGGAAUGCGGAAGAAGGGAGGGGGUUAAUGACGAGGAUUUAUGGUCGGGAAUGAUUGAUGUUUUCGAGACAGCAGAUCUGUGACGACCUGUUGAAUUCAUUACCGGAACUACACGCAGCACUCCGCAGUAACCCGUCCAGGAACUAGCAGCUCUGGAGACGUACGUCGAGUGUCAAUGCAAGAAUCAGCACGUUCGAGUUGGUGGGGAUGCCACCGAAUGACGGCGGUGCGGACAGGGCGGAAGUGCAUAAUGCCGUCGCGGCGUCAACCAAGUUGAAGUGCCAUAUGAACGAGGUACUCAAUGUGCUUGUGAGUCAGAAGACGAGUUACUAUGAGGCGACGAUGCAGGCGUUGAGGGGUAAGCGAUUCGAAGGAGGAGAAGUAUUGUAUCGAGAACGGUGUCGUCUGGUACCCAAUGGAGUCAAGGGUACCGGGACUCAAGCGCUUCUUGGCGUACAGAUGGCCGCGUUCCGUCCGAGUUGGCAGCUCCGUUUGGCUCCGAGUCAUCUCUGUCACCCGGAACAUCCGAGUUCACAGAGACUGUGCUUUGCGUCGUUAACGCAUUCUAAAAUAAUAGUAGGGAGAAUCUCUGUUCGUACUUAAGCGGGACAAUGGCGUGUCAGACUUAACCAAUGACGAGACAGUGCGGAAA